AUGUCGACAAUCACGAGCGCCGCAACUGCAUCAGCAUUAAGUCAUUUGGUAGGCCCAUUGACUACAACUUAUACACCCACACGCUCUGAUUGUAAUCAAAUUUUCUGGGCUCAAAAUCUGAAAAAUUCUUGGCUUGCGCAUGGUGCUAUCGGUAGUGGGAGUACGACUUGUAUGCCCAGUGGAUUCAAUCGUGAAACAGCAUAUUAUUAUUCUCCGGUUGUCUGUCCAACAGGCUAUAGUGCCGCCUGCUCGUCAUAUUCCACAGACUCGAGUGCUACAAAAACCAUAGCUACUUGUUGUCCCACUGGCUAUACGUGUUUCGCAAAUAGAGCAUCAGACCAAAUUUAUGGAUGUACGUCCUAUUUUUCGGAAGAUGAAACGUUAUCGAUCAAUAGCGUAUUAUUCGAUACUGUUACUGCGGCAAGCACAACCUCGUACCCCGUCAUAUACGCCAGCACGACGAUAACUGUCAUAUCGGGGGUUGACAAGGUGGCAGCCUAUGGUGUAAUCAUAGAGAGAGCUUCGGACGAUCCUUCUUGGGUAUCAAGUACAGCUUCAUCUUCUACAUCUUCCUCAACGGCAUCACCAAUUGGAAGUGGCUCAGCCGCUGUCGUAUCCGCAACUUCGUCUCCAAGUAAUGUAUCAUCAGCAACAGAUUCAGCAUCUUCGUCAUCAGCAUCAUCGAGUACAGGAAUGUCCACUGGUGCCAAAGCUGGUGUGGCUAUCGGAGUAGCUCUUGGUGUUCUACUCAUUGCAGCGGGAAGUUUUCUAUUAUUCAGAAGACUCAGAAGACACCCUCGUGGAUUGCAACUUGUUCUUGUAGGUGAGCUUGAUGGACCAACGCAAUAUUAUGAGAAGCCUAAUAGCGACGAACCUUAUAAUACUCCUCCUUAUGUCACGGAAGCUCCAGAUACAACAGUAUAUCAACGAGGAGGAGAAUUGCAUGGCAACGAUAUAUCUUACGAGUUAUCCGGAAGUACGGCCGCGGGGAGAUAGAAAGAAGAGCGGAGACGAGAGAUUUAAAAGUUGGAAUAUGGACCGUACUUUUUAAUGCACCGUUGGUGGAUGCAACACGUUCACAAGUCCGAGAUUUGACGAGAAAAUAAGAUACCCAAGUCGUCAAAAAUAUAGGAUGAUGAAUAGGAGGCAAAAUCACCCCAAGGGGUAGGCCAAUGUGUGAUUGUAUAGGAAAAAGCAUACCUGAUUUUCGUUGAGACAAGCGAUCAUUGAAAUUUGGAUGCUUCAAUUAUGUUCUAAUGUAUAUAUAUGCUAAGUCAUUUGUUUUAAUGAGAAAUAACAGAAUAUAGCGACAAUUGCUUAAGGUUAUGAGGUGGAAUGAAACGUACAUUGACAUCAUGCGAG